AAGGGCUUUUGUUCGGCAUCUAAUGUUUUCAUUAGGAAACCGGGUGCAGCCGAGGGAAGAGGAGAGACAGAGAGAGAGAGACUUUCAAUACGUUUUCGGGCACUGAAUACACUCUGGACUCCAGGUUUCCUCUCUUACGCCAUGACCCGCCCCUACAUCAUCUCACUUGGACUCCUGCUCCUCCUCAUUGGCUACGCAGCGCCAGGACCCGAGUCUGAGCUCCAACCCAGAGAUGUCCGAUCGAGUGCCUGUCAGGACCACAGUACUCUUCAUGACAGACUGGAUGUAGUGGAGAAGCAUGUAGAGGACACAGUACAAAAGCUGGAGGCUGAGCUGGCCAUGCUGCUGGACGCCAUAGAAGCCCCUGAGUGGAGUCCCCUGCUGGAAACUGUUGGAAAACCUGUGGUGGACAUCCUGGACGGCCAGGGACUGUGAGAGAAUGGCGACUCCUGAGAGAGGAAGAGGAGAAGAUCUCUGUUGAGCAGCUACUAAUGCUACUUCACUCUAGCUUUAAGAAGUGAUGAGCGUGUACCUGGCUAGGGAAAACAAUGAAAGACUAAUGUACAGUCUCUGCCGUUUUGCUGAAGUUGUAUUUUGUAAGUGGACAAAAACGGUAUAAAACAAGCCCUUUAAAGUGUAAACACAGGCUUAGUAUAUAUUCUGUGGUACAGUCGAUAGAUCACAACACUAAAGCUUAUUUUUCCCCGUAAUACACUGCUCUAUUCCUCGGRCACUCUCAUCCUUUC